AUGACAGCCCUUUACGGGUCUUCCACGGUGGCCACGGCCAAGUCCAUCGGCCCCGGGACCUUCAACGGCCGACAUGUAGUGUCCCCGUCCUGGAGGCUGGGGUCCCAGGCCAAGCCACCCGCCUGCGUCCGUGUCUUCCCCCAGGCCCAGGACGGCACCUCCUGCAGGUACGAGACGCUGUCCUUGUGCACGGUCACCAACUACACCGUCACCGUGGACCAGCCGCCCUUCGCCACCUGGAUCCUCUUCCCCGAGCGAGAYGAGAACCCCGGGACGGCCCCGGCGAACCUGGACUGCUGGGUUCACGACGUGGACUUCAUGAGCUGCAAGUGGGCAGUGGGCAGGACGGCCCCCGGCGACGUCCAGUACCGCCUCUACUGGAAGGACGCCCGUGAGUACCGAGAGUGUGGGCACUACCAGAAGGACAGCCGGGGCAGGCACGUGGGGUGUCGCUUCAGCGGCAUCUCCAAGUACCCCCGGAGCUUUGUGGUCAUGGUGAACGGGACCAGCGCGCUGUCGGCCAUCUCCUGCAGGGACUGCUUUGCAGAUUUAUAUGAAAUUGAGAGACUGAGUCCUCCCAACAUCACUGCCAAGUGCAACAAGUCGUCCUCGCUCAUGGAGUGGAGGGUGUUCAGCCCCUUCAACAAGAACUUCAAGUACCAGCUCCAAGUGAACAAGAUUCCCACGAACCGCUUCCUGCUGCCCAAUCCCGGCAACUACCAGGUGAGGAUCAGGGUCAAGGACAACAGGAACUUCUACAGCAGCUGGAGCCCCUGGGGCGCCCCCCAGAGCUUCCAGUGUGACCCUGAUGAGGACCGGCCCUCGCGCGUCUUGCAGACCUCUCUGCUGGCGGCGGGUGGGACGCUGGCCAUCGUGCUGCUGGGGCUGCUCCUCUGCAGACGGUUCUCCCUGAUGCAGAGGCUGUUCCCUCCCGUCCCCCGCGUGAAAGCGACCGUCUGUGACCACGUGCCCAAUGGCGAGAUGCUGGCCCUGGAGGCAGUGGGAGACGACUGUCCAGUGGCCCAGGUGCAGGACUUGGAGGAGCCCUGA